CCAAUUUUGCGUGUAUAAAAACCAAACUGGUUUGACAACACAUGGACUUUCAGCGCAUUUUCGCACUUUUCGCUGAGAUAACCAACAUCAAGCAAUAUAUUUUUUUUCAUUUGACUACCAGAUCCAGCUAUCAGCGCUGAUUUUUAGUCAAUAUGUCUAAAAUAACCCGAUUUACUUCACUUUCUUCGAAAGUUCGCCCAAUUGUAGCGGCAACUUCGACGCUACAGCGCUCGGUUAAAACACAACCAAGAUUCGAAAACGAUUCAUCGUCCUCGUCGGGGAAAAAGUUGACUCUCGUACCAGGUGCUCUCCUAAAGAAUCCCCGGUCAGAAUACCGCAUGGUGCGUAAAUACCAAGGCAAGGUAAAAGCUUGUAUAUUUGACUGGGCGGGGACUGUUGUGGACUGCGGUGUCUGUGCGCCAGCUCUGGCCUUCAGCAAGGUCUUCGAGCAGGAGGGGGUUCCUGUAACGGCUGAGGAGGCAAGGGGGCCCAUGGGGACCCACAAGAAAGUGCACAUCAAGCUUGUCACAGAGAUGGAAUCAGUGCGGAAUCGCUGGUUUGAUAAAUUUGGUCGGUACCCUAAUGGAGAAGACAUUGAUAGGAUGUACAAAAACUUUGUACCAACACAGCUUGCAGUAAUUGGGCAGUAUUCUGAGAUGAUCACAGGAGCUGUGGAGACUGUAGAUUUUCUUAGAGAUGAAUUCAAUUUAAAGAUUGGUUCCUGUACCGGCUUCACGUCUGAGAUGGUUGAAAUCCUGAAGGAGAAAGCAGCCGCAAAUGGUUAUAUCCCUGACUGCUAUGUCGCAGCAGAUGAAGUCCCUGAGGCGAGGCCACACCCUUAUAUGGUAUGGCUGAAUGCCAUCCGCCUGAAUGUCAACCCCAUUGAGGCCAUCGUGAAGGUGGAUGACACCGCAGAUGGUGUGAGGGAGGGAACGUCUGCAGGCUGCUGGAGUGUUGGUCUAGCCAAGACUGGAAAUUACGUAGCGCUAAAUGAGGACGAGAUCGCCAACUUGUCCGAAGAGGACUACGAACGAAAGCUGACAAGAUCCUAUGAAAUGCUGUCCAAUUCUGGGGCGCAUUACGUCAUUGACUCAAUCACUGACCUCCCGCCUGUCAUUGAUGACAUCAACCGCCGUCUCGCUUCCGGCGAAAAGCCUUGAAUGGUCAUUGGUGUCUUCACGAUGACGUGCAUCCUAGUUGACGUGUCGCACGAUAACGAGGCUUGCAACGGCGGGAAAAGAUACUUUUUACAUGCUCAUUCCCGGAUGUUGGAAAAAAUUUAGCUUCCGUUUUACGCUUACAGCAAAUCACAAGGAAAAUCAUUUUUAUUUAUUUUACCGUUUAAAAAUAAGUUAUUUUUAUUAUUGUGCGCUUAAGGUCCAUAUGAAUAGAUGCUACUAAUAAGAGGUACACGUGAUUUGAUAAUUUGUUGCUGUUGCGAUAUAAUAAUAGAGAGGGUUUGGGGAACCUCGUAACCACAUUACUCUAUGUAGUUUUUAAUAUCCUGCGAACUCUCGCCGACGUUUCCAAAAGUUAAAUUGCCUCCUGGCAUCCGUCAUUUAAAAUUCUUGAAGUGUUUUCAUCGUUCAGUACUAAACAAAUCACGCCGCUUCUCUGCAAUGUAUUUGUUCUUGCCAGCAGUUGGAAAUUGUGGACGAGAGCUCGCAGUACUAUAAAAA